UCGGCUCCGGAAUCUUGGUCAGCACUGCCUGAACCGAAUGUACAAGAUAGAUUCUUCUCAGUUCCGACGGUACCUUCGUUACGUCAUCUCGGCCCAUCCGCUUGAGAGUAUACUGGACUUCAUGCAUGCGCUGCUUGGCUUCUGCGAGGACACAUCACGACCGGCGAUCAUCCGACUGGGGGAGAGGGCAUCAUCUGCCAACAAUCCAGAGGGAAUGACAAGGGGCGGCUUUGCUACCAACUUUGGUAGUGGGGUAGCAGGAACCGGUGUGAGGGGUGUAGAAGGGACCAUCGUGGGGUGCAUCUUCAAGGCUCUGGUGUCUCGGCUGGCAUCCUCCAAAGAAGAACUGGCUACUCCUGAAAAUGAGAACCUGUAUAGUGAUGUCCGUCAGUUGCUUCAUUAUGUUCGUGAGGCUCAUGGAGGGGUGUUCAGACGUGUGGCGUUGAGUGGAUUGAUCGAUUCAGCUGGAAAGGGGCAGAAGGAUUUCAGCGAGAAAAAUAAACCCAAAACAGACAGUGAUGGCAACAUCAUUAAACAGGAUAGCGACAAGGCUAACCCGGCGUCCAUGAUCGGUAAAGACCAGGGGAUGGAAUCUGGUAACGUCAGUCCUGGUACACGACUCCGACGGUCGCUUUUCGGCAAGAAGUAUCCCCACAACGAAUCCACCUUGGAUGACGAUAUGGGGGACGGGGCCGGAAAGCGGCGCUUCAGUGUCUUCCAGUUCGGUAACGUACAUGGCGUACGAUCACGAGCGUAUCUCAAAGCCCAAGCAGUGACAACCUGGCGUAACAGGGCCAUCCGGUCAAGCAUCAUACCCGGGGAGGAAGGCUCGCCGGAGCUGUCGACACCCCAACCCCAGGACACGCCGGGCAGGACCAAAAAAGAGGCCCACUCGAACAUCCACAUGGGAGGAAGGAAGAAGAUGGAGGAUCAUCCAUUCUUUAUCAAGUUCAGGAAGAAGAGCAAGAGAGAUCCAACGUCCGAGGACAGAGAUGAAUGUGAGACCCCGAAAUCAAUAGAAGAAGAGGAGGAUGCCUCUGAUUCUGUUGAGAUGACGGGAGAGAGGGAGAAAAGACCGGUCAACAAGGCAGCCGUUGCCUCUGGGAUGAAACGUUUGACCUUCCUCAUGGAUUGCUGUAACCCUGGCAAUGUUCCUGAUGCCGAGUUCCUGGCCGCUGCUCUAGAUCUGCAUGCACCAGUGGUCGCUCGGGCAGCUCUGUUCUUGGAAUGCUGCCACUUUGUGCAUCGAUGUAACUAUGGCGACUGGCCCGAUUGGAUGCGCUUCAAUGUGCGAGGAGCCAGGGGGCGGGGCCUGAGCAACGUGUUUGGUGCUAGGGGGACGUCUUCCUGCUACCGUAAACACGCCUCCCUGCAGAGGACAGCGGCGAAGAUGUUCUACUUGUGGGCUGAGGCUAUUGGGACUCGUCUGGAGGAGAUCGAGAAGCAAGAAUCUCAGAAUGUUCUCCAUGUAGUUGGGAAAGUGAGGGAUGAAGGUCUCAAGAAGAGACUAAGAAGAGAAGAUGAUGAAGAGGACUUUUUAGAUGAAGCCACCGUCAACCCUGUCGGAACGGCCUGUCCUCAUGCUCUCAAGAUGGUUGCCUGCCAGCUCCUCCUGGAAAUCACUUCCUUCCUUAGGGAGACACUUCAGAGCCUUCCCAAGCCCCGGAAGAUGGACCGUGGAGGUCUGAGCGGGAUGAACAGAGGGGCGAGGGACUCUGAGUUCCUGGAGAUACCAACGGUAACCAUGGCACCCGCAUCACCUCAGCCACCAACGAGGAAUGCCAGUGGGUCUAGCACGACGUCCAGUCCCCCGCAUCCCAGGCAUAGCAUAUGCGUCAAUCCGAGUGUUGAUAGCCCACUUGCAUGGGGAAGUGAGAGGAAGAUCAGCUUUGCUCUAGGAGGGAUUGAGAAGAUCGGAGAGAGGGAGAAAGAGAGAGGUGGAGGGGAUGAUGACUCACAACACAGCAGUAACACGGAGCUCAACAAUGUGGAACAAGAGGAAAGAAGAGUUGGCAUGCAGGCCCGGAAACCGAGCAGGGGUGGUCUCCUCCGACGCCAUGGGGUCACGACCUCGCCAAUGGGACGGGAUACAACCGCCAGACCUACGGGAAGACUUCGUAGCAGCAGCAGACCAGAUACUUUACACGGUUUAGCACGAUCUGGCUCAAUCAAGGGGCGUAAGGUAUCGUCUAUCUCCAUCGAUGAGGACUCAACCGGUGAGACAAGCAGUGUGUUCAGUGACCAAGUCAGUCCUCAGGAACAGGACCUCUCGGAGGUGGUCUCGACCCCUGAUGGGGGUGGGCUGGAGGACGUGGACUUUACCAAGAACAUGCCCUGGAUACCGGUUGUUGUGGAGAUUGCCAGUAAGAGUAACUUCCUCUGUCAACACAAGCGCAGCUGCCACCCCAACUGCCUCGAGCGCCAGAAGCGUAACUGCUACCGACUGAUGAAGGCGGUGAGGGCGGUCUACGGGGAGGAGAUGUUUCCGAAGGUCAGGGACGAGGAGUUGGAGGAGAAAGUCAGACGAUUUGAAGCAAAAACAAAGCGAAAGGAAAGCACCCAGGGUCACUCGACCCUGCGUAGUUUCCGUGAGUUGAGAAGGGAAAGCACCUCUUCCACGCUGGAUCGUCAGGUCAGCAUGUUCCGUCACAACGCCACCAGUCGAACCAACUCUGCCGUCGCCAACUCCGCCAUGACCCUGCCCUUUGACCUGGAACGACCUCAUGUUGAGGACACGCCCAUCAUGAAGUAUCUCAAAGUGCAGGCCAUGGACCUGUUUCACGCCCCUCUCUCUUUGCUUGCCAAAGCUGCUCCUAUCCUUGGUGAGGAGCUCUAUGAUAACAUCCUACCCCUGGCUUGGGAGCUUCUUCUGGAUACCAGUCAGCAACUGGCAGGAUCUGCUGCUGCAUUAGUGCUCAUCUGUGCGGUCAAGAUUCCCGAGACGGUCAACCAAUUGAUUGCCGGGGAGAUGCAUCACACCGACGCUGGCCAGAGAGUAGAGGCUAUCCAACGAUUUGGUGUUCUUUGGAGGUUCCGUCACCAGGUUUGGCCCAGGAUGGAAGAUAAAGCGUCCAUUUUGUUCAAGGUGCCUCCACCGAGCAUAGAUUUCACCGUACCAUCACCAACCAUUGGAGUGUCUAACGUCCCGGUGCUUGAUCCGCCAUGGAUGCCUGUUGCACACUCUGAACUGGAAGAAAAGGUCUCCACCACGCAGGAAAGCCGCUCAUUUGCCGCAGUGGCCGUCUCCCGCACAAUCCAACACAGGGAGCACGUUCGGAAAACGCUUCUACGAGAGCAAGAAAAGAAACGCAAGGCUCGCGAGACGUUCCAUCUCAUCAACGUCCCGGUCAUACAGCAGGCCGCUUACGAGCCUUCGCACCACGUGACGUCAGACGACGAAGACGAUACACCAGGGCCCGUGUGCGUGUCGGUCGGCCCUCGUCGCAUUUCCAUCGCCCCGCCAGCACAGCAGGCCGCGGCCAACCUGAAUCGUGGCAGGAAUCUGUCGAUACGUCGGGCAUCCCUCUGGUCGGGUGGUACUCUGUCAGCAAGCACAGCGGAGGACGAGACCAUGGUGACUGAGAGAGCUCACCACACACCGCCAACGUUUGGAGUUUUCUUCCCAUCAUCCAUCUGUUCAUCCAUGGUGCAUCUGACCGCUCUACUGGACGAUGCGGAGGUCAACCUAGAGGGCGUUUCAGUUGGAGAAGUUGCUCACAAGAUCAUAUGGACAUGUCUAGUUGAGGAACCUGCUCUCAUCUUAAGGUACAUCUUGGAGAAGAUCACUGCAAAAGAUAAACAGGAGGAGUUGAUACUGCUAAUGAAGAAGCUGUUUAGUCACACCGAUGAGAUACCUGCACAGGCUGCUCAUACGCUCUUCAAUUAUCUGAUCGGAUUUAUCAUCUAUCACUGCCGUGCGCCACACGAGGGCGCCAAUGAAGCCAUUGCCAACACGCUGACAGUCAUCUGGCAUAUUCUUCCUUACGUGUCGGGUGUGUCUUUCAAAGACCUCAAACAAACUCUGAAGAAAGAACAGUGUGAUCCUACCAUCCUCAUAACAGCGAAUGUUCCAUGUGCAAAGAAACUGAUUGUUCAUGGUCCGAAUGAGAGUGAUAUUCCAACACAGCUCCCCAUCAGUGAGGACAUGCAGUUUGAGGAGAUCUUACAAGACUGUCUUGAAUUCUUCAACAUUCCCCCAACUCAGCAUGGAUCUCAUUUCCUGGUGGAUAAGAAAACAAAUCAAAUGCUGGAUGUGAAGUCCUAUGUGAGAGACUUCUAUGCCUACAGACGAUCACAGUGCCCUGAGCUCAUUCUGAAGAAAAUGGACAAGCAAUUAGGUCUCGAGAAACUCCAGCGACAGGCAUUUACGUUGAAGUUAUCAGAGCUUGGACGAGUUUACUUCUCCAUGACAACACUGCAGAGCACUCCAAAGAACAAUAUGAAUAUCCAUGUUUCAUUUCUCCAUGAUGAACUGAUUAGACUGCCCUCCUUCCCUAGGAAGGCCUUGGAUGCAGAGUUCUUGCUUUAUUCUAUUAAACAGAUGGGAAGGGAACUUUUUGGUCUAGAUGUCCUUCACAAGUUCAUGUGGGUGAAGAUGACAAAGACUGUAUUCAAUCACAUGUCAUCUGACUUCCCAUGGAGUGGGGACAUCCAGCUCUUCCUCAACGUCAUCAAUGGUGCCCUCUUGCUUCACUGUGAAGACAUUUCUAUCCUUCGUCUUUGCCUGUCGACUUACAUCAACAUCUCACGGCACUUCAAACACAUCUUUGCCACAAAGGGGUUCCAGUACAUAAUGCCGACGAUCCUUCGCAUCUACACUCAUCACCAAUCUAAUCCCCUUGUGUGCAGGAGUAUAGAGUAUGUCUGCCGUCAAUUCUACAUCCUUCACAUGAAACCAUUCAUCCUACAACUGUUUGGAAGUGCUGCUCCUAUCUUGAAAGUUGGCUCUGAGGAAGCACCUAAUCCUCUCAAGGCCUCUGCAAAGGCUCUGUUCAAGCUCCUUCUCUCAUUGGAAAAGGACAGCAAGGAUACUCUUGACCUUCUGGAGCUUGUUGAUGGUGACAAACCUCUCAAAACACUUGACUUUUGUUACAACAAUGACCCUCUGGCGACCUUUAACAUCCCAGAAGCCAUCAGGUUAUGUGUCGUCGUUGUCGCCUUUGCUCCGGAAUCUGUCCGAAGCGCCCAAAUGCUGGGUGUCCUGGAUGCCAUAGUACCCCUCUACCUUCAACACCUGAAGGACCAGACAAAGAGAAGAGACAACUCUAGCGCAGCCAAGACAGAGACCACCGCCAUCACCAACUUAGCAGUCACCAUCAAGGCUCUCGUCACUGGAGCUGAAACUCUGGCAAGGAGUACCAGUGGACCGAGCCGCAAGAUCGAUACGUCCAAUGUUGCCGCCAGUUUCAAGAGUUCUUCAAACUCCCAGCAGAGCUCUGUACGCAAGCAUAACUCUCGCAAGUCAGGCAUCAACAAUUCCAACAUCGAUCUAGGAGAUGAAGAUAUGAGGGAAGAUUUCAGGUUCAGAUACAAUGAUGAUCGGGUCCAGCGCCGUUACGAGGACGAUUCUGAGGAAUCAGAGACCAUGAAUGAGUUCUGCAAGCCAAGGGACAUGCUACUCAGUGUGGUCUCUGAGUUCUACUGCCAUGGACUAGCAAGACUCAAGGAACUUAGACCUGUUGCAGAGUCCAGGACCCACAGCCAGACAGAGAUCCUAGACCAGAAAUGCCAUAUGCGUAUUGCGGAGGUUGCCCUGACCCUACUAAAGGUUGCCCCACAUGACCCUGUGACUAUGGGAUGCAAAGGCCUUCAAAGAUAUAUCACCAAGAUGAUACCAUUGACGGAUUGGUCCAAUCAAGAUCUGCGCCCCGCCCUGAUAACCCUCUUGAAGAGACUCGACAAACUCUUCCAGAAGAUCCACAAGAAACCCACUCUCAUGCGCCACAUGGACUGGGAAUCGGCUGCUAACUUCUUGAAAGGUAUCUACAUCACUCUAACAAGACAGAGCAUCAUCAGUCAUCUCCCUCAUCUAAAGUCCCUCCUCAACAUCUGCCUCGCUCUCCUGCUCUGUGAUGGAUCAGCUCCUGGAGGAGCCGAUGGUCUCCAGCUGCUCAACGUGGCCUCCUCGGGCGGGGUCCGUUUCACCCCUCCACCGGUCUUCUGCUCCUCCGUUGUUCGCCUCGUCGCCAUGCAAAUGCACUGCAUGAAGCAUCAAUACUGGAUGAAACCGAAGGACCUAUACACAUUGGAGCAGGUUUUUGGUGGUACACCUAUGUUCAACUCUGCAGAACGAACGGAAACCAUACUACUCUACUUUGUUCUACCCUUAUGCUUGAGGGUUGGUUGCGGAAGAAUUGAUUCACCAAAGAUCAGACCAUCGGACAUCUCCUUUGCUCUCACCAUGAUCCUCAAUGCCCUGUUGCCACCCCAGAAGCAAGCCAGGCCAUCCGGAGGGGGCAGUGGACUCCCGAAGCACAACUAUUCCUCUAUGACGGACCUUCCCAGCCAUACAAGCGCUUCUUACAGGGAUUCAACUGGAUGCGUGCCGGAGUCACUUUAUGAAGCUGGGUACUUGGGUCUGAAGAUCAUGUUGGUCUGUUUCCAGUCACAGCUAGCUAGAGAAUGGCAUCGCAUAGCAACCGUUGUGAAGGAACUGGGAUCACACAUGAUGGGAGGAGUAGCACUUUGGAGUUUCUUAGAUUUUCUUACUUCUGUCAAGACACCAUUGUAUGUCCUGCUGAAGCCUUUCAUUGCUUUCAAGAUGUUGCGCAUGAUCUGUGAGACCGACUCGGAGGUCAUGCUGCAGAGGUACAUAGGUCAGAAGUUGAGAGGUCAUCAUUGCCAGUCGCCAAAGAGUAUGUCCGACAACAUGAUCGAGUUGUGUAAUGAGUUACGGCAUCUAAGAGACAAUAUGUUUGUCCCCAGAGAUCAAGUACGUUUCACAGACGAGUUAGUUGCACUGGCCGGAGAAAGGGUGGAGAGCGUAGAAGGCAUGCAGGUCAUGUCACCAUUCCAGCAACGUAGCUCCAUCAUCUCACGACUAACUAGAAAAGCCACAAUCACCUCCCGGCGUAGCUCGAGUCGACAGAGCUCCCGUCGCUCCAGCCGUCGAAGCCAGGGCGGCCCCCAGGAUCAGGCCGACCUCAACGCCAACAGCUCCACCGAACCCUCCCGCAUUGCUCGCUCCAACAGCCAGUAUAAUCGCAGGAGCUUGCGUCACACAGAAGAAUGCAUCGCCGAGGCAGAUGCGGAGGCUGAAGCAGAGGACGUGGUUGACAAUGAGGAGUGCAAACUAGGGCGUGGCUUUACACGGAGGCAAAACACCAAACGUAUCAGCCGGAGCACCAGCCAGCGGAGGCAUCCGACACGGGGUCGCGACACAGCCCCAGCCCUGAAAGGCACGGUCAUACCGGGUGUAACGGAGAGUUCUCCGAUCUCGGACGAUACAAAGGUGACGACUGCCGAGGAAGGGGAAAAGAAGGAGAAUACACAGACGGUGGAGAAACAAGAAGACAAGGUGGAGGCCAAGGAGAAGAUGGAUACAAUUGUACAUAUCGGAGAUGCCUUGCUAGAAAAGUUUGAUCACGACGAAGAGGAAACAAACGAGGAGAGCCGUCUGCUCCAAGACACGUCUUCCCCUCCCACCCUCAAAGCAACCCAGCACAAAUUUGUAGCUAUGGGACCGCAGACUGACACGGAGGAAGAGGACGUUAGUAACGUUCAGGAAACGAUGAGACUUUUAGACCUUGCAAAGGAGCGUAAUCCGGUUAUUAAGGACAGAAGAGGCACAUCCUCGACUGAAGACACGCAUGUCUAGGAUUACCUGAUGGGCUAACACCAUGUAGAUGCAGUGGUACUACAGUGUAAGGAAUUCCUCCAUAGACAUUUGAUAGCCAACAUGACUUUUUAAUGACUUGGACUGCAGUGUAGACUAUAGCCAUACUAUUUGAUUUUUAUGGUUAUCAAACAUGAUUUUUUAUGACUGGGACUGUAGUGUAAGGAAUUCCUUUUUAGAUCUGCUUUUCAAUUAUUAUGCUUAGCUUACAUGAGAUUGCAUGUCUUGGACUACAUAUGUUGUGAGGGGGAGGGGGGUACAUUCAAGGAUAAAUGCUUUUCAUAUAAAAAAAAAUGUGUGGGGGAACACAUAUAUCUGAAAUAUGAAUGAUUCAUUUGUCUCAUCAUACUCAUGUAGAUGAUUGGCAUUACAUGUAGCUUUUUCUUCUUGUUUUUUAUUAAAGCACAGGUAAGAGUAUCAUUUGCAUUCUUGACCUGCCACCCCCAAACCAACAAUUUUUAUAGAGCUCAAAAAGGGACAUCAUUAGAUUUAAAACGAUAUAGCUUGUCAAAAUUGAUCUACAAUAACCCACAAAUGUACUUGACCUUUUCGAAGAAUAAAGAGAAAACAAUUUUCGAAGUUGGGAGCUCACUCAAGCACGAGAUUUUUUCACACUGUUCGAUCUCGGUGAAACUCUUACCAAUGUUGUCAAAGAAACUCUUGUAUCUUGUCCUUUGUUUAACAGGCAUGUUUAAACUUUACAAAUUCAAAUUUUCAUUACGUCUUACCCCCGUUUGAAAACGGACCGCAGAUCAGAUGGCAAACUGCGGUAUUUCACCCCAUUUUGCAUUUGAAAAUCUAAAACAUCAUUUCCAAGCCCUGGGGGUCGUUUCAUAAAGCUGUUCGUAAGUUAAGAGCGACUUUAACAACGACUGGUGAUCAUCGCCAAUGGUUUGUACCAUUUACCGCAAGACAUGAUCACCAUGCAGUCGCUCUUAACUCACGAACAGCUUUAUGAAACACCCGCCUGAUCAACCCCGCUUGGCCAGGUAAUCCCCACAGGCCAGAUUAUGAGCGUUGAGCCAAGGACGAAAUGAUAAACAACAGCUGUGUAUUACGUAAGUCUUCUCUGCCUGUAGAAGGACCUUCGGAAUUAAAUUAUUGUAUUCGAUAUUUAAUCAUGUUUUCAAAGGCAUAUUGUAUUCAGAAAUUCAAUGCUAGACCAUUUUCAAUUUCGAACGAAGAAAAUCAACCUCGAAAUAAGGAAAGUAAGUGAAUAAAAAAUGGCGACAUGUUUUCUCGGACCGCACUCGGGCUGUUGUGUUAUCUUCGGACCGAGGUCAAGAAACAGGUGUUUUGAUAAUUACAUUGCAUGCCUGUGGCAGUAUGGUUUUCGUAUUCGGAGAAGAGAAUUCAUUGAGAAAAAAUGGGGUAUAGUGUCAUCAAAUGGAGGUAUUUCGUCAUGUGACAGUAUGAAGAAGAAAGAAUUGUUUUCAGAUUAGCCAAUUUUCAUUUUUUAUUAAAUACUUUUUUGAACUUUUGAAGACAUGAUAAUUAUUUGGCUUUAUUGUCUAACGGUGUUUUAAAGAACAAGAGAGCUUGAACUCAAAUAUAAAUAGACACAAAAUUUGUCUUGUUAAAGGCUUUUCACAACUCUGAAUCAGAGCCACAUUGUUUUACAUGCUAUUAGUGCAUGCAUGGUGUAAAUAUGAAGUGCUUAAAAACAAUCAGAAACAUCACAACAGUAUCAAAAUAUACCUUCUUAAACAUUCUCUCUGUACAUUUAAAUGCAUGGUUUUAUCAAUUGAAGUACAUGUACAUGUACUGCUGUCAAUGAAAAUAUGCACAUGUAUAUUUGUAGAAGCUCUACAUUGUUCUAAUUUAUUAAGCAUUAAUCCAUACCCAUUAUCAAAACUCAAUUUAAUAAAUUAUACCUCCACAAAGCCCAUCUCAUUUGACAAAAGCACUCAUUGAACAUUUUACCAUAUUAUUGUAUGGUAUCAAACAAUAUCAUAUAUAAUAUUUGUGUACAGUGGAACAAUAUGUAUUCACAGAGUUGUAAAUUGUUAUAUUUUCUGAAAUGCGCUGAACGUAACAAGAAGUAUCCAAAGCAAAGAUGCAUGUAUGUUGAUAUUGUGAUGUUACAUGUACAAACAAUAUGUAUUUACAUGUAUCUACUAGGUGCUCAUAUAUAUCUUAUAUUAUAUCAUACCAUGUUCAUGUACAUUUCAAAUAUUAAACAUAGAUCUCUCUCAAAUAUGUAUUCCUCACAUGCCAAAUAGAAAACCACAAUGUAUUUAUUUAGACACUGUUAAGAUAUAAGAGUAUAUGAUACAGUAUAUAUAUAUGACAAGAAUUUGUGAAUAAUUACUGAUAGAAUUAAGAAAAAUACUAUUCAUGUACAUCUAUAGUAUUCUAUUGUAUUUUAUGACUUGCACAAGACUAUCAUUGUUGUGUGAUUAAUGUCAAUCUUGUGUAAUAUUAAUGUGAUGUGCAAUGUUGCGUGCAUAUUUACAUGUACAUGGAUAUAUGAGUAUGAGUGUUUGCUACAUGUAUGUUAAAAAAAAAAUGACAUGCUUCGGUUUUUAGACAAAAGGCUCAUUACACACAGGCCUUUUGACUUUGAACAGAGGAUAUACAGUAUAUUGACUCAGCAGUUAUGUAUUUUACCUUGGAUUUAACAACUUUUUUAUCCAGUUGACCUUUGUAAAUAAACAGUAUUUAUUUGACCUUUAUUUGUUUAAUAUCAAUUGUACUUUUUUAUGUUAUCACAAGACAGGGAAUUUGUCCUUGUAGAAUGCAUAUUAUAGCCUACAGUUUAUGUACAUGUACACUGUAGAUGCACUUCAAAAACUUUGUUGAAGUAUUAAUGACCUUGAUUUUCUAGCUCCAGCAGCCUGCGGUAUAGCCCAAGUUGAUGAGUGCCAUUUUUUAAAGGCAAUUUCUAACUUGGGAGGGGGAGACAUAGCAACGUACCUGGUUCAGUUUAGUCCUCGACUCUGGACAAGCGUUAUAUUUGAAAUUUUUUGUCAGCUCCGAAACUUGGGAGACAUCUGUUGUUCCAGUCCAGCAAUUUUUGAAAGAUCUCCCAGCUGUUCUUGAACAUGUGACGGGCAUUUUCAAUAUUACUGUGUUCUUGAAUUGUCUGUACAUCACAGAGCAGGAAACGCCGUUUUCAUACAUCGUCGAGUGAAAACUCCCUAAUGAUUAUUAGCGUGUGGGGGGGGGGGGGGUUCACAAAGAAGUAGUGUGUGCCCCUAAGCAUGAUCUUUCCAAUGCAAAGAAGCAUCCUUGUUGGUACUUAAUUAAGCAUCCUUGUUUGUAUUUGCCAAGUUGUCUAAAUUUGACAUAUAUAGUUAAAUUGUACUUGUAUGUGCAGUCAUAAAGACUGACUGACUGAAUGUUGUUUUUACUCUACUUGUACAUGUUUAUUCUUCUUGCUGGCCUCGAGUCUAUUAUCAUGUAUAUUUAUUGAUUCGUAUAGUAUAAUUUUCUGUCAUUCAUUUAUUUGCAAAUUCCCAGGAUAUAUUUCCAUAAUUCUAAUUUUCUGUCAUUAAAAAUAAAAAAUGUUGGGAAAUCAAGUCGAGUCAUACAAGUACAUUGCCCCGUCCAUUAGGCACCUUUAAUACCGAAAAUCAGUUGCAACUUUUCUACAAGCGUCUUUUCAUCGCAGACAAAACAGUAUGGAAUGCAGGAAGGUUGCUGUAAAAGACGCUUCACAGAUUUUUAGGAGGUGGCUUGCUGUAUGCAGGCAAAGAUGUAGCUGCAUGAUACAAAAAUACAUCAUUAGACCCACUGAAUAUGUGACAAAGACAACUUUGCUCACUAAAUACCAGUAUUAUACUAACUAGAAGUAUUAAAGGAGAAUGAAACUCUUGGAGCAUGUUAGCUUUGGUGAAAGCAGAAAAAUCAAAGAAUGAGAUCAACAAAAGUUUGAGUAAAAUAGGACUAGCAAUAGAAGAGUUAUGAGCAUUUGAAUGUCGAGAUCACUAAUGCUAUGGAGAUCCUCCCAUUGGCAAUGCGACCAAGAUCUAUGAUGUCACAGAUGAACAACUCUCCCCUUUUGGACACUGAAAAUAUACCCCAAAACAUCUCUUUUUUCUCAUUCUAAUCAUAUGACAAACGAUUCAUCAAUGAUAUAAUGUUGUGAAACCUCUGUACUUGUCCUCUCAUAAAGAGAACACCUCACCUUGUGAUAGACUCUAUAAAAGUGAGAAUAUAAGUGAAAUAAGUAGUAAAGUAAUGAGGGAGUUGUACGUGUGUGACAUCACAGAUCUUGGUCGCAUUGCCAAUGGGAGGAUCUACAUGGCAUUAGUGAUCUCGACAUUCAAAUGCUCAUAACUUUCUUAUUAUUCAUUCAAUCUUCCUCAAACUUUCAACAAUAUGUUUCUUUGAUUUUUCUCUUUGAUAUGGAUUCAGCUGGUUUCAAGGGUUUCAUUCUCCUUUAAAGUACUAGUAGCAUAUCUUUGUGAUUUAAUCACGUUUAGAAAAUUAACCCCCAAAGUCACGUUUUCAUGUACUACUUUCAAAUUGCAACACGGUUCCAAUUAUCAAGAUUUGCAUCUUGUCCUGUUCUCAUUUGAAAUUGUAUUUUUGAAGCAUAAAUUAUGUUUAGAACCAUUAUGAAAUAGUGAUUUGGAUCCUAAUAAAAUGAUUGUCAUUGUCAUUCUGCUUGGGUAUUAGAAAAAUUAUACACACUUGUUAAAUUUAAAACAGUCACUGUUCCAAAUGUAUCUCGUCUAUGAUAUACAUCAUCAAUGGCAUUGAUAACAAUAUGUAUGUAUAUUAUCAUUUCAAAGUAAGAAAUUGUAUAAUGUGAGGAUUAAUGAAAUGUAAAUGUAUAAUUUACCUUGUUUUAUGUAAACACAUUGCAUCACCUUCCUAUAAAUAAAACACUAAUAAACAUAAA